GUCAGUCUUGGACACAAAAGGGGUGUUGAACUGUCCUGACACCAUGAGCCCCACAGGGCUGGGUGCCACAGAGCCUACUCAGAAAAGUAAAAUCCUAGCCCCAAAAUCAACCCUGCUCAGGACAGCAUGUGAGACAUGGCUUUCAGAAAAUUAGAGAAAAGAGACCCAAGACCAUUACAGUAAAAUUGCAAGCGUGCUGCAGCCACCCACACUCUGCACCUGCCUUUGCUCCCCGCAUCCCUGCAUCCGCCGCGAGUCGCUCUGGACAGGUACCCCUAAUUUUUUCGGUCAAAAAUACAACCAUUCAGGGGCUGGGAAAUGAGAGGACUAGAGACACGCUAUUAAUACUGCAGCUGCGGAAAUAAGACAUCACGGCUUGCGGACAGCGAUCAGCCACCGAGCACAAUCGCCGAGAAGGCUCCGGAAGCAGGGACAGCGCUGAGUCCCCUCCCAGGGUGACCGCGGCCGUGUCCGAAGCCAGGCCCAGGUGACCGUGAUCCUGUGCAAUGCCAGCUGGGAAAUGCAGUCUGGCUCGGGCACGACGCCAACCAGCUGUGCCUACAAAUCCCAGCGCGCCGGGGAGCGGAGCUGCGCCCAUCCCGGCUCCCGCCUGCUUCCUGCAGCGCGGCAGGGGGAAAUAUAAACAGCGGCGCCGGGGCACCCAGGGGAUGCUGCCGCUGGACGGGCCGGGGAGCAGAGGCAGCGCUCGGGGCUGAGAGUUGAAGAUGGCAGAGCUGGAAAGCACAGUCAUAAACACCACUGUAAAGCAGAAGGACCCCAGCACGGCACUGGUCAUUGCUGUGACCACCAGAGCCAUCUUCAACCUGGAGGAGGAGCACAAGCUGUACCUGGAGAAAGGCAAGGAGGAGUACACAAGGCACCAGCAGGCCAACCAGGACAAGCCCCUGCCACCAGGCACAGCCUUUGCCUUCAUCCAGGCAGUGCAGUAUGUUAACAAGAAGAUCCUGGAGAGCAACCCAGCAGAGAGGGACCUCUUUGACAUCCUGGUGCUCUCCAACAACAGCCCAGAGAGCGGCGUGCGUAUCAUCAACAGUGCCAAGCACUACGGCCUGGAGAUCUCCAAGUUCUGCUUCGUCAGUGACGAGGACUCCACACAGUACCUGAAGUCCCACGGCGUCAAGCUGUUCCUCUCAGCUGACAGGACAGAUGUCUGCAAUGCCCUCCAGAGAGGGGUCUCAGCGGCGCUCGUCUUCCAGCAAGAGGUGCAGGCCCCCAGCACCCCACUCCGUGUGGUGUUUGACGGGGAUGCCGUGCUCUUCUCGGACGAGACAGACCAGAUCUUCCAGGAGCAGGGCCUGGAGGGGGCAGUGCAGUACGAGCGGGUGAUGGAGGCCAUCCCCAUAGGAGAGGGUCCCCUGAAGGCUUUUGCCAUGCACCUUGGGAAGAUGCGUAAGAAGUUUGGCCAGGAAGAAUCCCCCAUCCGCACCUACCUGGUGACAGCGCGCAGCGGCCGGGACAUGGGCGUCCGAGCCAUCAAAACGCUCCGGGAAUGGGGUCUGCCCAUCGACGAGGCUUUCUUCAUGGAUGGGGCUCCCAAAGGCCCCAUCCUCGCCCAGAUCCAGCCUCACAUUUUCUUUGAUGAUGGGCUUCAUAACAUCCAAGGGGCCCAAAAUGUGGGGGUACCCUCUGCCUGGGUCCCUUCCUGCUGCUGAUGGGCUGUGGGCCAAGUCCUCCCUCCCAGCAACACAGGGUACUGGGUCAGUUGGAGACAAAACUUCUGGUGGAGAAGGAAAGAUCUCCUAAUGUGCAGCAAGCAAAUCUCAGGGAAGGGGGACGAGAGCAUGGACUCUCAUGCAAAGCUUGAUGCAUAUUUCUGCUCCUCGUAAGAGGUUUUCUAUGUCUUACGAUAAAGCCAAAAGACACAACUGC